UCACAAAUGUCUUUAUCUCCACUUCCCACAAUAUUUCUCCUUCCCCCUUCAUUUCAUUCUUUUUGUCUCUCUAUCUCCAAUCUCCGUCACGGGCUGCUGCAUUGACCCAAACCCAAUAUGGGUUCCAAAAAAGGACCGUAUUGGUGUAUGCUGCUCAUUUUUUACGUAUCACUUCCGCUUACCUUUGUGUUAUCCGAUACCAAUGAAAUCACAAAGCUCAUCAAGUUCAAGGAGUCGCUUGUGAAUGCUGAAGCACUAAACGAUUGGGUACAAAAUGUCGAGCCGUGUAACCUUGAUAAAGCUAAUUGGACAGGGGUAAUAUGUAGAAAAGAUGGAAGUGUGUUUGGGUUACAGCUCGAGAACAUGGGUUUAAGCGGGUUGAUAGACAUGGACACGCUGGCUGAGUUACCUCACAUUCGAACCUUGAGUUUUGCCAACAACACCUUUGGAGGCACGAUGCCAGAUGUGAGUAAAGUUCGUCUGUUACGAGGCAUAUAUCUAUCCAAAAAUAACUUUUCAGGGAUGAUUAGGGACGAUAUGUUUGUGGGGAUGAGUUCAAUGAGGAGAGUUGAGCUCCAGAACAACAAAUUUACUGGACGAAUUCCAGGAUCGCUUACGGGUUUGAGUAUUCUUGUUAAGCUGCAAAUUCAAGAUAACCAGUUUGAAGGAGAGAUUCCGGAUUUUAAGCAGGAAAACUUGAAAGUGAAUUUUGCUAAUAACAGACUUUCAGGUCCGAUACCUCCUGGACUCAGAAACCAGGAUCCGAGCUCAUUUGCAGGUAACAGUGUAUGUGGUCUACUGGUAACCAACCCUUGUAAAAUCUCCCGGAAGAAACAUACUCAAAAGCCAUUAAUAGUCACAAUAGCCAUCAUUGGAGCUAUAGCAAUCAUAUUAGCCUCGAUACUCAUCCUUCGGACCAAGAGAAGACCAGAAAAUGAAUAUAAAAACCACCAAACAAAAACGCUAAACAAGAACAAUCCUUACAGAACCAGCACAAAGGAAAUGCAGACGAAUAGUGAUGAAGAAGAGACCUAUAAACGGCCUCAAAACGGAGGGAAGCUUCAGUUUGUGAGGAGUGACAGGGGACGAUUCGAGUUACAAGACCUUUUACGAGCUUCUGCUGAAGUUUUGGGUGGUGGGAGUUUUGGGUCAUCAUACAAGGCGGCGUUAUUGGAUGGUCCAGCAGUGGUGGUUAAGAGGUUUAAGGAGAUGAAUAAUGUGAGAAAAGAAGAGUUUUAUGUUCAUAUGACAAGGCUUGGAAGAUUUUCACACCCUAAUUUGCUUCCUCUGGUGGCCUUCUAUUACAAGAAAGAUGAGAAGCUUUUGAUCACAGAUUUUGCAGAAAAUGGCAGCUUGGCUAGUCACCUUCAUGGUAAACGAAAGCCUAAUGAGCCAGGGUUAGACUGGCCAACUCGGCUAAACAUAAUCAAGGGUGUAACACAGGGUCUUGACUAUCUCUACAAGCAGCUUUCACACCUAUCAAUACCUCAUGGUCACCUAAAAUCAUCCAACGUGCUUCUCGACAAAGCUUUUAAUCCACUUCUGGCAGAUUACGCUCUGGUUCCAGUUGUCAACAGGCACCAUGCCCGAGACUUUAUGGUUGCUUACAAGUCACCUGAAUUCACUUACCAUGAUCGGAUCACGAACAAGACAGACGUCUGGUGCCUUGGGAUUCUUAUUCUGGAAAUGCUGACAGGGAAGUUUCCAGCAAAUUACCUUAAACAAGGGAAAGGGGGUAGCUCAGAUUUGGAGACAUGGGUCAACUCGGUGGUCCGGGAAGAGUGGACUGGUGAAGUGUUUGAUAAAGAUAUGAAAGGGACGAGGAACAGUGAGGGUGAGAUGUUUAAGCUUUUGAAGAUUGGGAUGUCUUGUUGCGAGUGGAAUAUCGAGAGGAGGUGGGAUUUAAAGAUGGCUGUGGAGAAGAUCGGAGAACUAAAGGAGAAGGGCAGUGACGAGGAAUCCUCGUCUUGUGUAAGUGACGAAAGUGGUUCUUCAAGAGCAAUGACUGAUAACGAAUUUUCUUGACUUUUCUUUUUCCAAGUCGGUGGUUAACCCGAAAGCUUAAAAUUUUUCAGAUGGACUGUAUUUCCUAAAUGUUUGUUGUAAUUUAUAACAUCAACUUGGUUAUGAUUUCUUUUAGCCAUGAAUGUGCUAAAAGAGGUGUAUUGGUACUAGAGGUUGUAAAUCUAACCCAUUUACUUCUGAGCA